AUGCAUAUGCUUCAAGAAAUUGCUCUUCACUUUAUUGAUGAUUGCUGGUCGCCUCGCGCUAGGAAUGUUCGCUACGUCCGCCAGGACCCUCGACGCAACAUCUCGGUGAACCAGUCUCUGAUUCGUCAGAGAUUUCGGUUCACCGACGAACAACUGGACUGGCUGACGGACUUGUUAAGUCCCAUGCUGGGCCGCGACGACCAGCAGCCAUGGGCGAUAAGUAAGAGGAUGCAGAACACGGGAUCACACAACAUCGUACAAGACGCUCAGUUGAUCGAUGCUCUGGCCCAUCCAGACAUCGUACAACGCUUUAUUAAGUUCAAACCCGAGGACGCGCAGUGGUGCAGAGCCCGAUCCAACGAGUUCGCAAGGACAGGAAGGAUGUCCAAUGUGAUCGGUGCUGUGGAUGGCACACUCGUCCGGCUUAAGGACUCCAUGCUUGGUUGGACGAGGUGGGGACGUCAGCAGGAAAGGAACAUCUUCCGCCUCAACGUCUGCCAUCAUGCAGACGCUGUAGGGGCGAAUUCCUGUUACGUCCAAACGCAGGGUCCCGGAUGGUUAUUGAACGAUGCCGCUGGUUUGGCGUGA